UACUGGUUCAGUGCUCCACCAUUUCCCAUCACUUCAAUAUAUAUCUCUCUCCCUGUAUGUGUAUAUAUAUAUAUAUAAUUGUUUUUUUUCCUCUUCUCCCACCCAAAAAAGUCAGCGCCGUCCCUUCUUCCAUUCUCUCUCUAGACCAGACCUUUUCCUCCUCCCACAACCCAAUUCCAUCGGCCAGCCAGAGAGAGAAAUUCAUAUAGUGAAGAGAGAGCCCAUUGGCUUAAGAGAAGAGGCUGUUCGUUUGCCCGUACUGCUCAAAGCUUCUUUUAUAUGGCAGAUCGGGACUGGGAUCUGAGCGCCGUCGUGAGGAGCUGGGUCCCCACAGCCGCCUACCCCGCCACAGCGUCGGCCAUAGGCGGCCAGGGACCCAACCCUUCGGCCUGCUUGGCGACGUUGACUUUCCAUGAAGAGGAGGAGCUCGGCCGUGAGAGCUUCCUCUUCGGGUUCCCGAACCUCACCGAUCCCCGGAACAGCGGCUUCAACGAGCUGCAGCAGCUGUACAUUCCAUUUCUCCCCCGCGCUGCAGCCGACAACCCGAGCCCUUCUGUCCUUGGAGCAUCCCUGGUCAGUCCCGCGCCCGUCUGCGUACCCCGGCGUGUCGCCCAGGCUCCAGAUUCUCACAGCCGCUCCGUACUACAGCAGCAAGCCCUGCACGUAAACCACCAAUAUAAUCUGACGCCUGCCGUGCAGCCGCCUCAGACGCCGCGGACGAGGAAGAGGAAGAGCCAGCAGAAGAAGAACGUCUGCCAUGUGACGGCGGAGAACUUGUCGUCCGAUCUCUGGGCUUGGCGGAAGUACGGGCAGAAACCCAUCAAAGGAUCUCCGUACCCGAGGAACUACUACCGUUGCAGCAGCUCAAAAGGGUGUGCUGCGAGGAAGCAGGUGGAGCGGAGCAACACGGACCCGAACAUGUUCAUCGUGACGUACACGGGCGAGCACACGCACCCACGCCCAACCCACCGGAACUCCCUUGCUGGCAGCACCAGGAACAAGUUCACCGGAGCACUCCAGAAAGCCCAAGCUGCGUCCCACGCAGACGAUCCCGGGAGCAUGCCGACGAGCCUCUCACCCACCACCCCUCUGACUGCCCCGAUCGACGAGGACGGCGUGAUCGGACGGGAUAACUCGGUGGUUGAGGGUGCCACGAGGUCGGAAAAUGGAGAGGAGGGUGAGAUCGGGGACGAUGAUAUGGUAGGGAGUGAGUACGAGGCCGAUCUCGACGGUGAGGACCUGCUCAUACCAAACAUUGCAAACAACAUCAGUGAGGACAUGUUCAUGGGGUUCCAUGGAGUCAACAACAACGUGCCAAACUCUAGCUACGGUAUCAGGCAAGGUUCGGGUUCGGGAGACUACUAGUAAAUUAACCAGAUCAUUCAUCAAUCAGCUCCGUCAGGCGCGCGGCGGUUUCCGUCGCCAGAAAAGGGAGAGCCAUCGAUACUUAGAUCAGUUUUUUUUUUUUUGAUUUUUACUUUUUAAUUUUUGGCACCAACUAGGUAUAGAAAGGGAUAGAAAGAAUCUCUUCCCUAUCCACCCACCCAUAGUUCCUUUAAUUUUCCUUUUUUCCCUUUUCUACCCUUUUUUUUCCUGAAUUUUCUUCCUAGAGUUUUGUAUGUAAAUAUAGAGCACAUAGAGAGUGAUUCUACGCAAAUGGAAGUAUAGUGAUGAUAUGAGUUUCUUAGGGAGAUUUUUUUUUUGAUUAAAGAACCUAGCCAAAGCUCGCCCUUAUUGAAUAAAAUCUAUCUCUAAAUAUGUCUUAAAUUUUUCUAUGGGAAGAAAAAGUCUUAAAUUU